CAAUGUCUCCUGCGGCGGUCGGAUUUCUGCUCCUCUGUCUUCUAGGCAGGACCAGUGCUUUGUACAAACAGUGGCUCCUGAACACCAACUUUGAAAACGGAACUAACUGGGACAAAGGAACCGUACCCUGCAGCAGCGACAGAAUCCACUUCCUGGCCCAGAGGGAAGUGUCUGUGUAUGUGGAGGCAGCCCACUCUAUUCUGGAGAUGAACCUACCUCUGGAUGGGGAGUUUAUCUUGUCACAGGAAGCAGGUUUCAUGGCCAGUAGUGGAGACACUGGCUGUGGACCGGGCAGCACGGUCAUCUUCAGAGAUUCAGAGGACUUGCAGUGGUUUAAUCCAUCCAUGUGGCAGGCUGCCACUUCCUGGGAUGACCUGGAGAAGGGCUCCUUCCUGUUCUCUGUGCACGAUGAGAGUGUUCCCUGCCCACACGAUGACGUUGUCUUUCAUGCAUCUUCAUCCUUUCGCGUGGACACCACAGGCAACAAGCCAGAAGUGCCUGUGAGGAGCCUGUCCAUACUGGGGUAUAAGUUCACCUCCAAUGAGGAAUUCACCCGGUACCUGGGAUCCCCAUCUGGCCGACUCCAGUUUCAUGGGGACUCCUCAGUUUAUCCUGGCAAGCCGGCUUGUACGGAUGCCUCCGGAUGCACCUGUGACAACUCUGCAAACCAUGACAGGAUCUGUGCAGCCACGACGUGCUCACCUACAGACUGCAGAAAGCCACUACACCCAGUGGGCCACUGUUGCAAUGUGUGUGGUGCUAUUGUCCUCCUGCAAAGCACAUCCAUGUUCAACCUGGAGUCGUACCGCCAGCGCCUGCAGCACCUCUUCCUCAUCCAGCCACCUUACCGGCAUGUCCGUAUGGCCAUUUCCAAGGUGUUUCAAAUCCACUGGCUCCUGAGAUUGCUCCCUCGAGCAGCAGCAGACGAGGUACAGUUGUUGCUUCUGGAUGGAGAAACAGGAGCUGAGUCAGGGAUGGUGGCCGAAAACCUGGCCCGUGAAAUUGUGAAGGAUGCCCUCUUGCAGGGGGAACAUCUGGGCAUCUCCAGUGCAGAGUUCAAGGCCUCCUCAGGGAACAGCAGCGAGGUGACAGAGAGCAAGAUGGGACUGGUUGCAAGCAUUACGGUGGGCAUUCUGCUUUUGCUGUCCUUCCUGCUCCUCUUGGGCUUUCUCUUCCAGCGUGGCAUCAUCAAAGUUCCCAGCCUACCCUCACUGUCCAGCUGGAGGAAGGCUAAUGAGAUCGGGGAGCUGGGUGGACCUUUGGACCACGGCUUUGACAACCCUAUGUUUGACAAACCAGUGAUGAUGCCGGCUGAACUGGGGCUGUACACCCCUGACCCAGUGAACUUCAUCACUGUCACAAGCUCAGGAGUUCACUUCGUAAACCCAGUUUACGAUGACACCGAUUUUAAUGCAUAACUGAUUGUUUUUCUUCUCAUUCUGGCAGUAUCAUUGAUUUCAUGCAAAAAUGAUGAUGAGUAACAAACUUGAGUAUGUUCAGCCCAAAACAGCAGCUUGAUUUCAAGUGCGUUGUGAUUUUGUGGUGGAAAAUAGUUCUAUUGAAGAAAAAAGAUCUGUUGAACUUGGGUUUUUCACCUAUUUAUAACUUCAUGAAGACUGUAUACUGUUCUCUGUUUAUAGCUGAAUUCUGUUAAAUGAUGGCCUUAUUGCAUU